CAUAAAUUGAACCCUCCACGCACAGCUCCAUCCUUCUCCAACUGUCGCCACCAUUGAGAUCCAGCACCCUUCCACUCCACCACGACGCUGCCUCUCUCUCCUCCUCCUCCUCCUCGUCGCCCCCUGGACUAUCCAUCCGGACCUUGGAUCCAUCCCCGUGCGCCGCCUGGCCGCGCUCCUCUCCGCCCCCGAGCGCCGCCUGCCCCCGCUGCUCUCCGCCCAACUCACGACGCUGCUUUUGAUUGAUCGCGGAGGAGUGCGGGAUGUCGAAGUUGGCAGCACUGGAUCUUGCAUCUGGCGUUGGAGGGAAGAUCGACAAGGAGGAAGUCAAAUCGGCCGUUGAUGAGUAUGAGAAAUAUCACAGAUACUAUGGAGGGAAUGAGGAAUCAAGAAAGUCCAACUACACUGAUAUGGUUAACAAAUAUUAUGAUCUUGCCACUAGCUUUUAUGAGUAUGGUUGGGGCGAAUCUUUCCACUUUGCUCACAGAUGGAAUGGAGAAUCCUUACGUGAAAGCAUCAAGCGGCAUGAGCAUUUUCUUGCCCUGCAGCUUGGAUUGAAACCUGGAAUGAAGGUUUUGGAUGUGGGCUGCGGAAUUGGUGGACCAUUAAGAGAAAUUGCAAGAUUUAGCUUAACUUCAGUUACUGGAUUGAACAACAAUGAGUACCAGAUAUCCAGGGGAAAGGAGCUCAAUCGGUUGACAGGAGUUAGUGGAACUUGCGAUUUUGUCAAGGCAGACUUCAUGAAGAUGCCAUUCGCUGACAACACUUUUGAUGCUGUCUAUGCCAUUGAGGCAACAUGUCAUGCACCUGAUCCGGUUGGCUGUUAUAAGGAGAUCUAUCGUGUAUUGAAGCCUGGCCAGUGCUUUGCUGUAUAUGAGUGGUGCAUUACUGAUCACUAUGAUCCUAACAAUGCAACCCACAAAAGGAUUAAAGAUGAAAUUGAGCUUGGAAAUGGCCUGCCAGAUAUUAGAAGCACUAGGCAAUGUCUUCAAGCUGUAAAAGAUGCUGGGUUUGAGGUUAUUUGGGAUAAGGAUCUUGCUGACGAUUCCCCUUUGCCUUGGUACUUGCCUUUGGAUCCAAGCCGAUUUUCCUUGAGUAGCUUCCGUUUGACCUCUGUGGGACGUAUGAUUACUCGCACAAUGGUUAAGGCAUUGGAAUAUGUUGGUCUUGCUCCACAAGGUAGUGAGAGGGUCUCUAAUUUCUUAGAAAAGGCAGCAGAAGGUCUUGUAGAAGGUGGCAAGAAGGAAAUCUUCACGCCGAUGUACUUCUUUUUGGUUCGGAAGCCUCUUUCAGAAUGAGCCCUUAGAGCACAUUUCAGAUUUUCCGAGGGAAAACCAAGGGGGCAUUUCGAAGAAGCAGAACGUGAAAUCUGGAAUCAAGAAAAACAUGGAGACGGAGUUCUUCUCUGUAGGAAGAGAGAGUGAAAUGUGUUGAAUUGUUAAGCUUCUGUUUGUUCAGUUGUUUUGCCGUGUCACCAGGGUGGUUGUGCUGUUCUUGAACUGACAGUUUGGAAAUCCUUUUCUUGUCCUAAGCUCAGUAGCAUAAAUAAGUUGGUUACUGUUGGUUUGUAUAAGACUGCUUAGAUAUAGUAAAUGUUGAUCCUGUUGUUGGAAUGUUGUGACAAAUUCGUGCGAUAA